AUGAUGCGAAAAGACUAAGUAUAACGAUAUCUUAUAUAAGAUCAAUUAGAAAUUAGACCAAACUAAGGAACAAUUCAAUCAAUAAGAACAAGAAGAAUAAUAAGUCAGUACUAGUUCGAUUAUUCCAUACUAAUAGUAAACUAGUGAUGCACUCUUGCAAAAAAAUGAAAAUUAGAUAUCAAUAGUCAUUAAUGUGAGCAGACCCAUGGAAAUUAAAAAUUCGUAAUUCAAAAGUUACAAGGUAUACACUAUUGAAGGAUCAGAUGCUUGGGGGAAGUUUAAAACUGAAAGAAGAUUUAAAGAAUUUUAGGCUUUAAGAUUAUCUCUAAAGAAAUUCUGGAUUGGAUUUUACAUUCCACCUCUUUCAGAAAAAAUAGUAAAUCCAAAUAAGGAUCAAUUAAAAGAGAGGCAUAAAAUAUUAAAUUAUUUUGUAAAAAGAAUUUCGUAAUUAGAGUAUUUAUAUUAUUCUGUAUAAUUUGCAAAAAUAUUUUUAAGGCCAAAUGAAACUGAAAUAUGCAAAGUAUAAAUUCAUUUGCUUCAUUAGGUUUUGGAAAGCUUAAAACCACCUGAUAUACUCUAUUAAAUUUACGUUGUAAAGUAGGUUUUCCAAAUAAAUUCAGAGUAAUAUGAUGAACAGAAGCUGUAGAUUUAAUUAAAGAAUGUUUAGACAUUCUUGUAUAACUCUAAAUUUUUAUUAUUUAAAUUAUCUAGAAAAAUUUAGGAAAUGAUUGACAAUAGCAAAAAAUAAAAAGAAUAGAUCAAUUCUGUUAUUGGUGCUGAAUGUGAAUAAUCUGAAAAAUUUGUAAUGUAAGAUAGCAUAGAAAACUAAAAUGGAAAGAUGAAAAGCUCUGAAAUCGGUGUAAAAAUUAGAUCAAAUUUGGAGAAUAUGGUAUUUUAAAUUCAUAAUAAUUUAGAUUUAAACUAGGGAUAUUUACAUAGAAAAGAUUCAUGAUUUAAUAAAAACAGAAUAAAUGGAUAUAGAUGCGUUUCUGGAAGGGUUUUAACGAAGAUCAGAAAUGGUUUCUUAACAAAAGUAUGACAGAGCUAAAUUGAAUUAAUGGGAAUAUGAAAAAUAUGAAAUCGAGUAUUUGAGUCCAAAUGAUAAAUGCUAGUUGAAAUAUAUCUAAGAAAAUCUAAAUUAGGUAUAUUUUUCAUUAUUAAUAUUUUCAGUGCAAUAAGGAAAUCAGUAAAUUCAAUCAUUUCAAUUUAUUAAUGAUGAAUUUAGAGGUGACAAAAAUAUUUGAGAAAUUUAAACAUGAUUAACAUUAAUUCUACUUGAAAAUCAUCAAAGAUAUAUCUAAUUUGGAGUUAUAAAACUUAUCAAUAAUGCAACAAAAUUGGAAAAGCAUUGAAAACCUCGCAUAAUUAAAAUUAGAUAAAAAAAUAAAUUAUUAGAUGUCUUUAUGA